UUGAUUAUAAGUACUUAUAAUCAAAUUAGUCGAAAUAUUACUUUGAGACAAAAGAAUGAAUGAAUGAAGGUUCGGAGUAAAAAAGCACUGUUUUGUUCCGUCUCUCGUCUUCUCCACACGGAGAGACACACAGAGAGACAAAACCUAACAACGCUGUUCAACAGAUAUGUCGACAAAACAGAUGUUUUCUCAUGGAACUCUGUCAUCGCCGACCUCGCUCGUAGCGGUGAUUCUGCUGAAGCUCUUCUCGCUUUUUCCUCAAUGCGGAAGCUUUCUCUAUACCCAACUCGCUCUAGCUUUCCUUGCGCCAUUAAAGCAUGUUCGUCUCUUUUUGAUAUCUUCUCCGGCAAACAGACCCAUCAGCAAGCUUUUGUCUUCGGUUAUCAAUCCGACAUCUUUGUGUCUUCGGCUUUGAUCGUUAUGUAUUCAACUUGUGGGAAACUGGAGGAUGCACGGAAAGUGUUCGACGAAAUUCCCAAGAGAAAUAUUGUAUCUUGGACUUCGAUGAUUCGAGGGUAUGAUCUUAACGGUAAUGCCCUUGAUGCUGUUUCUCUUUUCAAGGAUCUAUUGGUCGAUGAAAAUGAUGAUGACGAUGCAAUGUUUCUUGAUUCUAUGGGUUUGGUUUCGGUAAUCUCUGCUUGUUCUCGUGUUCCUGCUAAGGGUUUAACGGAAUCUAUUCAUAGCUUUGUGAUUAAGAGAGGUUUUGAUAGAGGAGUGAGUGUUGGUAAUACUCUUUUGGAUGCUUAUGCUAAGGGUGGAGAAGGAGGUGUUGCUGUGGCGAGAAAAAUCUUUGAUCAGAUUGUGGAUAAGGAUCGUGUUUCGUAUAAUUCGAUUAUGAGUGUGUAUGCUCAGAGUGGGAUGUCUAAUGAGGCUUUUGAGGUUUUUCGUAGACUUGUUAAGAAUAAAGUUGUGACCUUUAACGCCAUUACAUUGUCUACUGUGUUGUUGGCGGUCUCGCAUUCAGGUGCUCUGCGUAUUGGAAAGUGUAUACAUGAUCAGGUAAUAAGGAUGGGUCUUGAGGAUGAUGUGAUAGUGGGGACGUCGAUAAUUGAUAUGUAUUGCAAAUGCGGAAGAGUUGAGACGGCGAGAAAAGCAUUUGAUCGAAUGAAAAACAAGAAUGUUAGGUCGUGGACCGCCAUGAUUGCUGGAUAUGGAAUGCACGGCCACGCGGCUAAAGCGUUAGAGUUAUUCCCUGCUAUGAUCGAUUCAGGGGUUCGACCAAAUUACAUUACUUUUGUAUCAGUGUUAGCUGCUUGCAGUCAUGCGGGUCUUCAUGUGGAAGGCUGGCGCUGGUUUAACGCAAUGAAGGGGAGAUUUGGUGUGGAACCAGGGUUAGAACACUACGGUUGUAUGGUUGAUCUUCUAGGUAGAGCUGGGUUUCUUCAGAAAGCUUAUGAUUUGAUUCAGAGAAUGAAGAUGAAGCCGGACUCUAUCAUCUGGAGCUCACUUCUUGCAGCUUGUAGAAUUCACAAGAACGUGGAGCUAGCUGAGAUAUCCGUGGCGCGUUUGUUUGAAUUGGACUCUUCGAAUUGCGGUUACUACAUGCUGCUUUCGCAUAUCUACGCUGAUGCGGGUCGUUGGAAAGAUGUUGAGAGGGUGAGAAUGAUCAUGAAGAAUCGCGGAUUGGUGAAACCGCCAGGUUUUAGUCUACUCGAGUUGAAUGGUGAGGUUCAUGUGUUCUUGAUCGGAGACGAAGAGCAUCCUCAGCGUGAGAAGAUUUACGAGUUUUUAGCAGAACUGAACAGGAAGCUGUUAGAGGCAGGUUACGUAUCGAACACGUCAUCUGUAUGUCAUGAUGUUGAUGAGGAAGAGAAAGAGAUGACACUGAGAGUUCACAGCGAGAAACUAGCGAUUGCGUUUGGGAUCAUGAACACGGUUCCUGGCUCGACGGUUAAUGUGGUCAAGAAUCUGAGAGUUUGCAGCGAUUGUCACAAUGUGAUCAAGUUGAUUUCAAAGAUUGUUGAUAGAGAGUUUGUGGUUAGAGAUGCGAAGAGGUUUCACCAUUUCAAAGAUGGUGGAUGUUCCUGUGGAGAUUACUGGUGAUUAGAUAUUAGAAUUUCGUUUAGAUGAGUAAUUCUUCUCGUGUUUAAUCAGAUUUAGUGUAAGAAAAUACAAUUACGAUUUCACAAAUCUAUUGGUUUUGUUAACCGUUAAACUUGAAAAAUAUGGUUCUUGGUUUGAAAAGAAUGAUAUACAAUAAAAUAGUAUAAAAGUGUUACAUAACA